AUGGGCGAACAACAGGACAGCAGCAACGGCAAACGCCCGGUAAUAGAAGUUGGAGCGGAAGAUUACAAUACUUUCAAUCCCGCCACUCCAUCCUCCCAACCUCAAAACGCAGAAAAUGCGGAUUUCGUGACCCGACACGAAGAACAAGAUCUUUCGCGAGGCUUAGAUCAACGCCACAUCUCCCUCAUCGCCAUCGCAGGCGCAAUAGGGACUGGCCUCUUCCUCGGUCUAGGCUCUUCGAUUCAGAUAGCUGGUCCGCUCGGAGCUCUCCUAGGCUACGCCACCGUGGGACUUAUCGUCUGCUCUGUUCAAUUCGCGCUGGGAGAAGUCACUGCCCUGCUCCCUGUGACGGGUAGCUUCGUACGGCAUGCGGAAUUUCUUGUGGAUCCAGCUUUGGGGUUCGCCAUCGGAUGGAACAUCGUGUAUGGAAAUUGGCUGAGCGUCCCGGCGGAGAUUUCGGCGAUCUGUGUAUUAUUCCAGUAUUGGACGGAUAUCAACAGUGCGGUAUGGAUUGUGCUGGUUAUUGCGAUGACCUUUGUUGUGGGCAUGAGUCUGGUGAGAGUAUAUGGAGAGGUAAGACCACGGCUACGCCUUGAAAGAGUAGAGGCAUGUGCUAAUACGAGGAGCAGGUGGAGUUCUGGUUCGCCUUGCUGAAGAUCUUCUUCAUCAUUUUCCUCAUCAUUCUGGGACUCGUGAUCAAUCUGGGAGGUAUCCCAGGUGUUCCAAGACUUGGCUUCCAUUACUGGAAGACUCCCGGUCCUUUUGUCGAAUACAUCGCGUCUGGAUCAUGGGGCAACUUCCUAGGCUAUUGGGCUUGCAUGAGCUCUGCUGUCUUCUCCUUCGCCGGAACAGAGUCGGUUGCUAUGGCUGCGGCAGAGACCAGGAAUCCGAGACAGGUCAUUCCAAGAGCUUGCAAACGGGUCUUCGUGCGAGUUGCUCUCUUCUAUAUCCUCUCUGUUUUGGUGGUCGGAAUGCUCGUCGCAUCAGACGACCCUCGUCUCAACGACUCCUCAGGGACAGCAGCACAGUCGCCCUUCGUCAUCGCCGCCUCAGCAGCUGGAAUCAAAGCCAUACCAUCCGUGGUGAAUGCCGUCGUCAUCACUUCUGCAUGGUCCUCCAGCAAUCAAGCUCUUCUCGCAGGCACUCGAGUCCUCUAUGCUCUCGCUCUGAAAAACCAAGCCCCUAAGAUUCUCCUGCGAACGACGAGCUGGGGCGUGCCCUACGUUUGCGUCAUCGUCCAGACCGCUUUCAUGUUCCUGGCAUUCAUGUCGCUAAGCGGCGGGGCCCUGACUGUCUUUUACUGGUUCGUGGAUCUCACUGCUUGCGGAGUGCUCAUAUCCUGGAUCACCAUCCUGACCAAUCAUCAACGUCUGCUCAUGGCCUUCAAAAAGCAACAGAUCCCGCUCUCGCUACUUCCAUGGCACAACUCAUGGACAAAAUUCUCCACUCCAACGGCGCUUGUCCUCUGCGUCGUCAUCCUCCUGACGUCGGGUUUCAAUGUCUUCACGAAAGGCAACUGGUCCAGCAGUGGGUUUGUUUCCAGUUACCUAGACAUCCCACUCGUGCUCACAGCUUUCGUUCUCUGGAAAGUGUUCAAGAAGACCAAAUUGGUUAAACUAGAUGACAUACCUUUACGGGAGGCACUGGAGGAGAUGGAAAGGAAGCCGGAGCUGCCGGAGCCGGAGAAGACAGGGUGGGAGAAAUGGGUUGGCUUUUUAUGGGAUUGA